GCUUACAUAAUACGCCGUGGUUGACUUGGUGGGAGGUCCGGGGCUAUCAUCAAGCCUUAUCAUAAGCAUCGAUACAACAACAUGAUAUAGUAUCUUCAUCAUGUCUACGAGAAGAGGCGUGGGCCUCGGUGCCUUCACGAACAGACAAACAACUGCAAAGUCCUACGCGGCGCAUGGCUCUAACCUCAAGUCGGCCAACGCUGCCUCGCUCCAGACACAAUUAGAGGUCUUCCAGUCUCUCUUGCACAACUUUGCGCUAGAGCAUGCCGAGACGAUCAAAUCCAACCCGACCUUCCGUGCCGAAUUUGCUCGCAUGUGUAAUGCUAUCGGCGUCGACCCGUUAGCAGGUAGCAACAUCAAGGGGAAGAAGACAGACUCGCUGUGGGCGAAAGUGUUAGGUCACGACGUCAACGACUUUUACUUCUCUGUGGCUGUGCGGGUUGUUGAACUCUGUCAAUCAACGAGGGCUGAAAAUGGUGGUCUACUGGGCUUGAAAGAGUGCUGUGAGAGCGUUGCAAAGGGGAAUGCCAUCGGUGGCGGCCUACAGGUGUCUGAAAAUGACAUCGAGCAGGCUGUGAAGUCUCUCGAGCCACUUGGUUCAGGAUUUCAAAUCCUUACUAUUGCCAACAAGCGCUUUAUUCGGUCUGUCCCCAAGGAAUUCAACAAUGAUCAAUCCACUGUCCUAGAAGUCCUACAGCUACUGGGCAGUGUCACGGUGUCUUUGCUCCAGCUCAAUCUGGGUUGGGAGCGUGCUCGCGCAGAGACGGUCAUUCAAGACCUGCUCGCUGAUUCCUUAGUUUGGGUUGAUUAUCAGUGUUCAGAACCCGAAUACUGGUCACCUCAAGACUUGCUAGACGAGAACGAGUAACAAUCAUCAUAUGAAAUAGGAACCAACAUUGAGUCGAGGCACCACAA